AUGACAUUGUGGCAUCGUUCCAAGUCAAAGUCUUUUACUUCUCGUCCUCCACCGAAACGAAACCUCCGUAGCCGUGACACGCUUUCACAAAUUCUACUUUGCCGGUGGUGUUCCAGGAGGGUUUCAAAGGUCAUGUUCCUUGGCCUAUUGAUGGUUGCCUUUCUCCUGUUGCAUUGGAGUUUUUUGUCGGAUCCUUUUGCACACUCAAUAUCCGAGUCCUCGUUCCCUUCCUUUUAUCAAGACCCGCAAAACGGCGAUUCCUCAUCCCAUUCAUCGUACUGGAAGGAGCAUGUAGGCCAAAAUGAGAGAGCCUGCACCUACACGGCACAGCAUUUGCAAAAUGGAGGCAGAGUCUUACUCUACAACUUCACCAGCGCAAGCAAUGGACCAGGAAUGGCUAGUCUUACAUUGAACUUACUGCAAAUUGCCCUCUUUAUGGAAGAACGAUGGAACCGGACGCAUCUGGUGAUUGAUGAAAGACUCUUGAACAACUAUCGGUGGGAUUCCAACCAUGGUCUGUUUGGAGGAUAUCUAUACUUACAUGAAAGAACUUGUAUACUCUCUGCCCCAAUGGUUUCUACAUAUGCAUCGCUACAAUCGCCAUCGUCACCUGAAGUGGUAUUUUUCAGAGCAACGAUGUGCAAUUUCUGGGAUGUAAAAUGUCCCGUCUUGGAGAUUGACGCCGAUCCACAAGGAUUCAUGUUUGAAAAGGCACGACGAGUUACCAACCGGUACUUUUUGCAAAAAAAGACAGAUGAACAGCAAGCAGAAAGAACAGCAUUACAAGAGGAGCCUGAAUUGAAAAGGAAGAUUCGUUUGACGCGAUUCUUUCAUGACCUAUCUCGCUUCUCGUGCUCGAAAUUGCCAGGACUUCGACUACAUCCACACGUCCACCGUCUAGUCCAACAGCAUAAAAUGUUUCUUGCUCCCGAAGACGAGACCAAAGGUCCUUCUGAAAUUCCUGCAUUAUUCACCGUCGGCUCGAGUACUGGUCAAAUUGAUUUGGCCUUUCACAUUCGCCGCGGAGACAAGGUGGCGGGGGCUCGCAAGGAAACCAGAGCCUUUAAUGCGCAAGAAUACUGGGAUCGAUUCGUCAAUCAGUCUCAGCAGCAGAUAUCGUCGCUACCGUUGGAACAAACUGUUACCAGCAAUACUGCUUCGAUGACAACAACAUCAGCAACAACAACACAUGACAACGAGCACAACAAGAACCGUCAUCAAUUUCAGCAUUGCUUUGUCGCCACGGAUGACUACGAGGUGGUUUCCGAACUGCAAGCUAUCUUGCAGCGACCACAGUCCUCCUCUUUACUACAAACUAUCCAGAACCAGGGACCCAUUAUUCCCUGUCGCCAUCUCUGGACUCUUACGCCUCCGAAUUAUACUUCAACAUGGCAAGAUCGAGAUGAGAUUCUUGGCUUUUUGGCCCAGAUGCGCGUGUUGAUUCAUGCAAAGUAUUUUGUAGGAUCCUUUUCAAGCAACGUAGGAGGGUUGGUGGCCCUCUUGAGAGGCUGCCAUUAUCAUGAGGGCAAGAGUCCCGACCAGCGAAGCACUAGUAUCAAUAAGGAAGCAUGGAGCGAAGCGAACCGAUAUCGACAUUUCUUCGAUUCUUAUGCCGUUGAUUGGGAUGAGUGGGGUUUCCUUUGA